AUGUUCGCGUCUCCGUUCGCAACUCUUCAGCAUGUCGUGCAGACGAAGUCGGCCGCUUCCAUCCCAUUCAACCUAAGCCUCAUGAUUUUCGCGUCAUCGGUACUGUGGGUGGCCACGGGUUUACUGGACAGCGACUACUUCAUCACGGGCCUCAACUUGGCUGGUGUAGUGCUGGAUGCCAUACAGAUCACACUGUACUACAUCUAUCGCCCAGGUCGAGGCGUGGAGCGAUACUGCGCAAGUGGAGAGCUACCUGUCGUCGUAUCCCCAACCUCCAAGAGUGCUGGCGUCGCGAUGACCAUCGAGAGUCCCGCUUAUAAACCCCUGUCGUCCCCGACUGUUCUAGGAAGACUUUAA